GUUGGGCUUGCGCAGUUAAAACCCUCUUUCUUUUGUCCCGGCGCUGAACCACGGCGAGCACCGACCUUCCUUCCUCCUCUUCGGGCUACACUCUUGCUGCCAGACGAGCUCGGAUCAUACUCUCUGUGCGCGAUCCUCGGCCUGUAGUUCUCCGGCGACGUCCUUCUUCUCCGAUCCCCCUUCCAAUUGACGGGUUUGAUGCCUCUAGAGCUUCAAAAUAUGUUAUAGAUCUGUGUAUCUGGAAAAGUUCACAAGUCCGGCAUCAGAAAGUGCAAGUGAAAGCAGCAGUUGAUCUUUAUUCAAGGUCCAGUUCCCAUCCAAUUGCUACCUGUAUGAUUUUGGGGGGCAUUGGUUGGUAAUCGGUUCCCAACCAUUUCUCUCAGGAUGACGAGCCAUUUGGUGUUUGGCAGUCGCGAGGACUGAUUGAUUACUUGUAAUUGAAAGAAAAGGGGAAGACCAAAGUGAAAGGCUUGUCUCCCAGCACCAGCAGAACGAAAGAAGCAAAUCUAUCUCCUGCCGCUUUCCCACUGAUGCGGACUUUCUUCUCCAUGCUACCUUGGCGACUUCUCCAUUUUCUCAUAUAUUGCAGCUGUUGUUUCAUCAUCCUCCCUCUAUUCCCUGGCCUUAUGAGUGUGGAUGCAUUUACUGGUACUUACGGCAUAAACUAUGGACGCAUUGCUGAUAACAUCCCUCAACCUGAAAGAGUCGUGACACUUUUGAGAUCAUCAAAGAUAAAGAAUGUAAGGAUUUAUGAUGCAGAUGACAGUGUCCUCAAGGCAUUUAAAGGAACUGGCCUUGAGUUGAUUGUAGGACUUCCCAAUGGAUUUGUGAAGGAUAUAAGCACGAAUCAAAGCCAUGCUAUGGAUUGGUUAAAGGAGAAUGUCCAACCAUAUUUACCCGACACACAUAUAAGAGGCAUUGCUAUUGGGAAUGAGGUGUUGGGAGGAAAUGAUCAGGAGCUAGAAGGUGCUCUUUUCGGUGCUAUUAAAAACAUGUACAGUGCUCUCAAAAAACUUCAGUUGGAGAACCUUAUUGAGGUUUCAACAUCACAUUCUCAGGCAGUCUUUAACUCUAGUUACCCACCAUCAUCAGGUACUUUUAAAGAGAGUGCCCUUGUAUAUUUGAAGCCAAUCUUGGAUUUCUUUUCAAAGACCGGUGCUCCCUUCUGUGUUAAUGUAUACCCAUUCUUGGCUUAUGAUAGCGAUCCUGAUCACAUAGAUAUCAAUUAUGCACUCUUUGAACCAAAUGCUGGAGUUUAUGAUGAAAAGACGGAUCUCCACUAUGACAAUAUGUUUGAUGCUCAGGUAGAUGCAGCUUAUGCCGCUUUGGAAGCUGCUGGCUUUAAUAACAUGGAAGUAAUUGUCACGGAAACAGGUUGGGCUUCUGCUGGUGGUAAUGAUGAAAAGGGAGCUUCUCCUGAAAAUGCAAGGACCUAUAAUUUUAAUCUGCGCAAGAGGCUUUUCAAGAGAAAAGGCACUCCCCUCAGACCAAAGCUUGUGACAAAGGCAUAUAUAUUUGCUUUAUUUAAUGAAGAUUUGAAACCUGGACAAAAUUCGGAGAGGCAUUACGGAUUGUUUAACGCUAAUGGCAGCGUUUCAGAUGAUAUUGGCUUUAGUGGCCUUAAGUCAUCACCUGCACCUGCGUCUACUCUAUCAUUAAAGGAUAUUCAUCGUCAAGGCUGGUCGACAUCCUACUCUUUUACUCUUAUUGCCUGCAUUACCAUCCUGGUUACAUUAUUGGCCUAGGAUGGUUGAAUUCAGCUCCACUAUCUCAGUUAAUGUGCUGCAUCCUGAGGAGCCAAUUUUAUUCACUUUGGUUCACUUGCGCAUUCAUAUAUUCUUGCAGAUACAACAUACACAUUGCCUGUAUUUUUGGAAGUCGAUUGAAGAUCAUACUACGUUCCGGCUAUAUGAUCAAAUACGAGCUUUUCUUAGUUUAUCCCAAGGAUUUGCUAAUUUUAGCUUAUUUUUGGACUGUGAUACUUGUACCUCAAAAGCCCCAGAAAUAAAAAUACUGUACAACAUAUAUCUACUCAAUUCUGUUACCGUUCUCACCUCCUUAUGUUGAGCUACAAGUGAAUCUAGUAUUUUUUUGAGUGGCAGAUUCUGUGCUAAUGUAUCAUUUGGGGGGAGCAAACCACAUUCACCUGCCUAUUAUUUGCUCAAUGCAUGUAUAAACAAAGCAUAAGCGAACCUGAAAGACAGUCAAAUUUAAUGCCCUAAGUGAAAGUGAAUUCAUUGA